GUAACGCAUAAUAAAGUAUUGAUGAGCGUUAUUUUAUUUCCAAUGUUCAUGAAAAUUUCAACGGUCUAGGAAAAGAACACGACUGAUCGCUUCAAGAGGAAAACAGAUUUGGACAGCCAAAGGAAAAAACGGAAAGAAAAAGGGAGAAGAAGAUUUUUCAAAGAGCGCGAUGUCUGCAAGUGGUGAAAAGUUUUCUCCUCAUAGCCACAUCCCGUACGGCACAGAUGGGUCUGGGUUCUACUCAGAUAACACCAUUGGAUGUUAUAACGUAAUCUUAGAGUCCGCGCCUCUAGUAUUGGAGAGUGUCAGAUCAGUUUUAGAGAGGCCUAGGUCGGCUUUCACAAUUGCAGACUACGGAUGUGCAGACGGGGGUACCUCUAUGCCAUUGCUUUACGCAUGCGUGAAAGAAUUACGAAAAAUUCAUGGUGACGAUUUGCCCAUUCAAGUGAUUUACGAGGAUCAGCCCGUCAAUGAUUUCAAAUCCUUGUUCCUUCGUCUGCAAGGUCUAAUACCAGGCCCAAAAAGCUACGUCUCAGAUUUCUCCAAUGUAUUCGUCACAGCGUGCGGCACAAGCUUCUACAGUCAAUGUCUUCCUCCUGAGUCUCUAAAUUUGAUAUUUUCAUCCACUGCCAUGCACUGGCUCCGUGAAAAACCUUGCAACGUGACAGGGGCGUUACAUCACACUAUGAUCACCCUUCCGGAGGAGGCUGAGAAAUUUAGGAAUCAAGCCGCAAAGGACUGGGAAACUUUGCUACUGGCGAGAGCGAAAGAACUAGCACCAAGUGGCAGAAUGGUUCUUGUUCAGUUUGCAGUUGACGGUGAAGGACAAUACCUUGGGACAACGAAGAACACACCAGCCUCCAUGCAUCACACAAUGAAAGAUUUGUGGAAACUAUUAGUUCACGAUGGAGUCAUAACACAGGAAGAAUUCAACAAGACGACAUUUGUCAACUAUUACCGCACAGUAAAUGAGUUUAAAAAACCAUUUGAAUCCGCGGACUCGCCCGUUCGAAAAGCUGGUUUGUCUCUCGUCUCCAUAGAAACCAAAGUGGUACCCUGCCCUUACCGAGAAAAAUGGCUCAAGAACGGUGGUGAUCCUAAAGCGCACGCACGUUGGUUCAUUCCCACGACAAGGACUUGGAGCAAUGCGACAUUUACGUCUGGCCUCUCUGAAUCUCGCUCUCCAGAAGAGAAGGACGCCAUUGUCGAUAAAUUCUUCAAACUUUACGAAGAUCUGGUUGCCAAGCAUCCGGAAGAUCAUGGGAUGGAUUACGUUCAUGCCUACAUAGUUAUCGCGAAGAAUUGACCAACAAGUGUCAUUUGAUUUAGAUUACAAAUAACUAAGGCGCUCUCGCUCGAUAAGUUCAUAUGUUCAACCGCAUAUUUUUGCCGUGAAGUUGUUUGUUUUCAACUUGUAGGGACUAAAAGGAAAUAAUUUAUUUAAAACUGGUGUUCAGCUAUUGUCAAUGCCUAUCGCACGAAAUACAAAUUAAGAAAAGUUCAUCAAAUAAAUUGUUCUGUUUAGAACACUGCGUUGUGUACAAGCUAUUACAGUCGAUACGUUAAACGAUUUGGGAAGAUCCAACUGGUCAUUUUAUAUUUGGUGGAAAUA